UGUUUACUUUCAUAUGACACUUGACAUUGUCGUUUCACAAACAUUAAUUUUUAGCCUCAUAUGGUUAUAAUUUAAUUACUAAUUUGACUGUGGACAGUAUAAAAGCCGUUGACAACAUUGUUGCAUUAUCAGUCAACCGAUAAUCGGUUUGAAGUGAUAGUGUUCGCUAAAUCACAACACAGACCACGAUUCAAAAAUGAAAUUGCUGGUGGUGUUCUCCGCUCUUGCCGCUGUGGCGUGCGCAUCUCUGAUCCCGUUGGCGCAGCCGUCGCACCAUGGAGCCGCUUUCGUAGCGCACGCCGCUAUUGCCCCUGUGGUCGCAGUGCCUGCCGCCGUUUCUCACCAGUCCCGUGUGGACGUGCGAACCAGCCCGGCUAUUGUCACCGCGCAUAGUGCUUACGCCACUCCUCUCUUGGGACACUCUGCACUUGGGUUCGGCCAUGGACACCUGCUGAAGAAACGCUCCUUAGGACACAUCGCAUACGCGGCCCCGGUCAUAACACAUGCCGCUCCAGUGAUCGCCGCUGUACCUGCCGCUGUGUCUCAUCAAUCCCGUGUGGACGUGCGAACCAGCCCCGCAAUUGUCACCGCGCAUACCGUUCCUGUCUUGGCCAUACAUGGUGCUUACGCCGCACCUCUCUUGGGACACUCCGCUGUAGGGUUCGGACAUGGACACCAACUGAAGAAGCGCUCCUUGGGACACAUCGCUUACGCCGCGCCCUUCGUAGCUCACGCCACACCAGUCAUCGCCACUGCACCCGCAUCUGUGUCUCAUCAGUCCCGCGUGGAUGUCGUGUCUAGCCCAGCCGUCGUGUCACACACUAUCACCGCUCCCGCCGUGGCGCACGCCGUCGUGGCGCCCGUUGUCGCACGCGCCGCCUACGCGCCUGUCGUGGCUCACGCUAUCGCUCCGGCCGCUGUUUCUCAUCAGUCUCGUGUCGAUGUCCGCACCAGCCCUGCUGUCGUUUCCCACUCCGUGGUUGCGGCCCCCAUCCUCGGUGCGCACUCUUCUCUUGCCCUUUCCGGCCACGGACAUCUGCUGAAGAAACGUUCUUUGGGACACAUUAUCACCCCUGUUGCCGUUGCCCACGCUCCUGCAGCUGUCUCGCAUCAAUCCCGUGUUGACGUGGUGUCCCGCCCAGCUAUUGUAUCUCACUCCGUGGUGUCCCCUGUGGUAGCACACGCAGUUCCCGUGGUUCCCCUGGCGUACUCCGCAUCACGUUUACACCAUGCCGCCCCUUUAGUGCACGCUGCACAUUAUUAAGAUGUUAUUAAGAUUUAGCGAACAAACGUAGUUUUCAUUUUA